CGUGAAUCGGCAUGAAACGCCUGUGUCUACCAGCCACUUUUGGUAUAAUAAUGCAUCUUUGGCUGCGUCGUCCCUGUUUGGAUAUCACGUCUCGCCUCACCCUUGAUCGUUCUCGGUAAUUCUUUUUCAUCCAAACUCGAUUUUUUCAUCUCGUCUGUUUCAGCUGGUAGCUAUCCGCCCGGAACGAUGAGCUCGACCGCUGAGCGGCUAGUUCGGUUCAGCACUGACGCCUUCGGGCUCGAACGUAUACUGCGUCUCGUCCAGGCCAUCAUCCAGAUCGUCGUCGCUGUGCCCCUGCUCUCCCUCCGCCUCACGGACCACAUCAACAGCCUUCCGCACCAGGCGGCGGGGGCGGGCCCCGGCCCCGGAACCGGCGGCGACAAGGGCCCGGCGCCGCUCGCCGUGGCCGACACGGUGGCCAUGCUGGGCGACCUGCGCGGGCGGCUCAACACGACGCGGCGGGUGCUGCGGCUCUUCCGGUUCGCCGAGGCCUUCCACGGGGCGCAAAAGCUCUAUUUUUCGUCCACGACAACAACGGGCAAGUCGCUGGAGCUCUGGCUCGACAUCUCGGCGCGCGGCUUCAACGGCAUGUACUACCUCCUCGAGACGGCGACGCUGCCCGACGCGCUGGGCGUGCCGCACCUGCCGCGCGUCUUCGGCCCCGAGACCGGCGGCGCCCUGGCCGUCGAGGCGCAGCGCUUCUGGCUGCUGGCGCUGGCGUGCAGCGCGGCGUCGGGGGCGCUCAAGGUGCUGGGCACUUAUGGGGCCGAGGCCGUGCCCGGGACGGGGGCUGCUGCUGCUGCUGGGCUUGGGGGUGAUGUUGUGGGCGAGAAGGAGGGGGAGGAGGAGGAGGAGCGGGGGAAGAGGAGGGAGGAGGAAAAGGCAAAGGUCAGGGCGGCGCAGCAGGCCAACGCGGCCAAGAGGAGGGUGUGCCUGAGGAAGAUGGUGGCGGACCUGGCGGACAUUGCGCUGCCGGGCAGCGCGCUGGGGUGGGUUCCGCUGGACCCGCUGAGUGUGAGCUCGGCCAUGCUCUUGACCUCGAUCCUGACCAGCCUGGACUUUUGGGAGAGGUGUGCGUGA